AGCAGUCAUAUGCUUGGAAUGCAUUAGGAUGCUGCUAGUAAACAGUGGUGCCGUCGCGCAAUUAACCGCGGCCAUCACCGGUACCCCGGCGGCAGCCCUUCCUUCCUCCGCUAUCCACAGGCAGGUCAAGCUACAUCAGGGGGACACCGCUCCUCAGCGACGCCCGCGCGAUCCUUCCGUCGUCUUGGUGUUCGACGAAAAGCCCGAGAGAGCCGCUCCUGACCCUGACGCCGCCCUCAUCCGGCAGCGCGGUCGCGAAGGCCGGCCGCUUGAGGCCCUCGCCCUCUUCCGCGAGUCCAUCUCGAGCGGCCUCCACGAGCCCGACGACCUCUCCGUCGCGACCGUACUUAACUGCUGCGCUUCUCUCGGGGCCAUCCGAUCCGGGAGGGAGGUGCACGGAGUCAUGAUCAGGAGGACGCAACAAAAAACUCACGCAUGCUCCUCCGAGACCUCUCUCGUCAGCUUCUAUGCUAAAUGUGGUAUUCUAUCGCAGGCCCGAGAGGUGUUCGACCAAAUGACCGAAAGGGAUGUUGUUGCUUGGACCGUCAUGCUAAAGGCCUAUGCCGAUAGAGAGGGCUACGAGAUGGAAAUGAUGCAUUUGUUUGCGGAUAUGCUGCAUCAAGGCAUGACACCAAAUUGCCACACCCUCAGUGUUGUUCUGGGCAGCGCCCCACUUGAGCUGGGGGAACAGCUCCAUGCAUGGAUAGUCAAGUUAAGCUUGGAUUCUGAUGCUUUCAUUGGAAGCUCAUUGGUCGAUGUCUAUGCCAGAAAUGGAAACCUGGGUCUUGCUCAGCUGGUUUUUGAUAGGAUUCAACUGAAGGAUGUGGUUUGCUACAACUGUUUAAUAUUAGGGUAUGGUCGAACUGGGGUUAUAGAGGGUCUUGUUUCUCUGUUUGUGGAGAUGUGUUUGGUUGAAUUGGCGCCAAAUCAAUCUACAUUUGUUGGAUUACUUAGCGGAUGUGCAUUUUCUGGGUUCAUUAGCCUGUCAAAGCAGUUUCAUGCACAAGCAAUAGUGAGGGGCUUUGAUCUGGAUGAGGUUAUCCAAGGCAUCAUUGUUGAUAUGUAUGCAAAGUGUGGAAAUAUAGAAGCUGCCCAUGCUGCGUUUAAUGGAGCUAGCAUUAAGCAGAAUGUUGCCAUUUGGAAUUCAAUGAUUUGUGGAUAUGGGAAGCAUGGGAACACCGAGGAGGCUCUUAGAACUUUUAAUUUCAUGGUCUCAGCUUUGAUUCAACCUGAUCACAUUACGUUCAUUUGCCUCUUAUCAGCUUGCAGCCACUCGGGAUUGGUUGAUGAGGGUUGGAGAUUGUUCUGUUUGAUGCAUGACUUUUAUGGUAUACCAGCUAGAGAGGAACAUUAUAGCUGCAUGGUGGAUCUCUUUGGACGGACAGGAAGAUUGAAUGAUGCCUAUGAGCUUAUAAGCAGGUCUAUGUUCAAGUUUACACCAUCACUAUGGGGAGCAUUACUGAGUGCUUGUAGAGUCCAUGGAAAUACUAAUAUGGGAGAAGUUGCAGCAAGGAAGCUGUUUGAGCUAGAACCAGAAUGCUCGGGAUCAUAUGUUGCAUUGGCUAACAUCUAUGCUGCUGGAGGGCAGUGGGAGGAAGCCAAUGCUGUCAGAGAAAUAAUGGAUGAUAGGAAUAUAAGGAAAGAUACCGGCUGUAGUUGGAUUGAGGUUGGUGGAUUGGUGCAUAAGUUUAGAGCAGGAGGUGGAAUUAGGGAUCAUAACUGCAUGGAGGAGGUAUAUUUGAUGUGUCAUACAUUAUAUUCUUGUGCUUGUGAUCAGUUUUAUCCUGAAAUUGUAAAGAUCACUUCCUGAAAUAAUAAGGGAAUAGAGAUACGAUACUCAGGUCCUAUUUAAUAAGGCAAAGUGGAAGGCAGUAGCUGUUGGUGCCAUGUUGACUUUGUUUCUCUGUUGAUGUCAUUUAUGUUCUUUAUGUCUGGAGAUUUGAUCCAGCUUAUCACUGUAAAGGAAGGAACAAAUUUACAAAUAUGCAAGUAGAAGAUUUUGAACAAAAGAGGAUCUGGGUUUUGGCUGGAUUGCUAGUUGGUUAAAAGAGUGAAUCAUUCAUGGAGAUUGCAGGCUAGCAUCAACAGAACUUUGGCAAUUGUCACUCCAGGAAAGAGAUAAUUCAUUGGUGAGAUACACUGCACAACAUUAUCUGGCAACAUAGUCUCUUUCAUCCAUGCAGUGCUGAGAGCUCCCACUGUCAUGACCUGAUGGAGGCAUCAUCUCAUUCAGAAAUGUAUAGUAGAAAGUUGAUGGGAUUAAUUUCUAGCACUGAUACACAUGGAGUCGAAAAACAUAGGAGAUAAAAAAUGAAAUUGCAAUCAAUUGGCAUGACAUGUUGAUACUGAUAGCUAUCUGCAGGUUGUUCUUCCAAGCCGAAAAACAAUUCAAAGUUUACUUUUAAUUUAGGUAGCCGGUUUUCUGAUUGUGACCAUGCAAGAUAUGUGGAGCAUCAAAGUGAACAUUACAGAAAAAGCAGGAGAACCUGUUCUUUUGCUCUUGAUAGACGCAAGCAAACAUAAAUAUUCUAUAUGAAUGAACGGUUUGAAUUCUACAUCAUUCAAAUAGUCUCUUGAUGUUACACAAGCUUUGUGGGGACAGAAGAUACUUCAUAGAAGUCAUACUAACGAUCCUAGCCCCAGUCAGCUCACCAGACCAUAAAAAAUUCACAAGGGUAGAUCAGUUUCAGUCCAGGAAGUUGUAAAUGUCUCAGCAACAUAAGAGCUCAUCUGUUUGGUUCAUCUUGUCUAUAAUGGAAAACAUUGUGAAUAUUUAUGUGGUAAUAUCAGUUCCUUCCCUUUCACUUUGUAAGAAAGGUGGAAAACAAA